AUGGAAGCAGAGCAAGAACGUCUGCUGCAACGAUUGCGGGAUGCAAGACAAGCCUCCCUCCAACCGACGCAGAAACACUGUGAUCUACCUGGCGACCAGCAGGAGGGCGACGAAGAGCACGCGAGGACGUGCCUGAAAGGCCUAUCAUGCGCUCGUUGCUAUUUCGCGGCUGGUUUCCUGGGUGGCUUGCGGCGGGGCAGCAAGAAAGUCUGUCCCCUCUUGAAGCAGCAUGCCUGGAGCGAGAAGUUCCAAUUCAAGCAUGCAGCUACAGGAGAGAUGAAGACCUGGCUGACACAGCGUCCGGUUUCGUUCGCUGGCCCUUGGGCGUUUGGGUGCUGGCUCUGCAAUUCCUUCAGUGGCAAGUCCCAACAAUCCUUCGCCAACUUGACUGUCACCAGCAAGGAGAUGCUGCAGGUUUCAGUCUUGGCCGAACACGCAACGAGCCGGCAUCACCUGAGGGCCUUGUCACAGGCGGAGGCCAGAACUGAUGAAGCUGCUGCGUCAUCCUGGGAUUCUGCCACGCCGUCGCUGAAUCGUUUCAUGAUGGCUGCCACCAUAGUUGGCAGGCACGACAGCUUCGAGGACUUCCGCCAGUUCUGCAAAUCCCAGGACCUGCAGAGCGACAACAGCAAACGCGUGUGCAGGCAAAUUGUGACUUCCAUGAGCACCGUGCUGUCAGAGCUCGACAGACAGGUUUUUCAGAAGGCCAACAUGGGCUGCUUGUGCUUGGAUGAACGAGACGGGAUCGUUCUUGUAAGGGGUCGCUUCUUUUACAGAGGCUUGAAAGGCACCAGCCUCCCUGCCAUGGGCGUCUACGAGUGCCUGGUGGGCAUAGCUCGCGAUUUCGGGCCCAGCCCCGACAAUGUGAAAGCAGCUGUGGGUGCCGUGCUGAAACAGGCCGUCACAGUGAAGCGCGGCCUGCGUGAGAAGGACGGGCAAUCUGGAGCACAAGAUGCUGUGGACGGGGAGCUGCACAAACAUCUGACGGACAAGGGUUGGAACAGCGUUUCAUUGGAUGAUGGUUGA